ACGGUUAUCGACUGUCACGUGACCUCGCCGGCGUUGUGGCCUUGUGGAUGUUUAAUUUUCUCAAUUUUGGAUUGUUUUUAUGUUGAUAUUUUCUGUAUAUUACAUACUGUAUAUUAAAAUUCAAUUCCGGAUAGUUGUUGAACGAGAGUUUUGUUGACCAAGAUGAACGGGACGACCCGUUUAAAGAUUGGUGACAUCAAUAAAAAUCUGAUCUGUGUUUUAUGUGGCGGCUAUCUGAUUGACGCAACGACCAUCAUAGAAUGUCUCCACUCAUUCUGUCGAACAUGCAUUGUGACAUUUCUGAAGACUAGUAGGACAUGUCCUGUCUGUGACACGGUCGUCCAUAAAACCAGACCGCAUCAAAAUAUCAGGUCAGACAAGCUGCUGCAAGACCUAGUCUAUAAGUUAGUUCCAGGACUUUACAAAGAUGAAAUGCGUAGAAGACGUGAAUUUUACACACUUCACUAUGAAGCUGCUCCCAAACGUGCGGGGGAGGAGAGAGGUGAUGAGAUGAGUGACAGAUUCACCUUUACAGAGGAAGAAAACAUCAGCCUGGCUCUUUACUUGUGUCCUGAUGGAGGUAAUGAAAGAUUUGGAUUCCGGCGAGUUUUCAACACUAAAGAAGACCUGAAAACAAGGAUGGAUAGACGGAUUAAAGAGUCUGUGGAUGUUCGAUACUUGCAAUGUAAGGCUGGAGUCACCGUUGGUCUCCUCAAGAAGUUUUUGAGACUCAAGUACAGUCUGUCAUCACAGUUCCAGAUUGACAUUUUUUACAAUGAUGAACCACUUCGGAACUGCUACACUCUUUGUGACAUAGCUUACAUCUUCAACUGGAGACGGAGAGCCCCACUUGUCAUGACCUUUUGUGUUUUUGAAGGAAGUAAGUCAACCAAAAAAUCUGUCGAGUCUGUAUCAUGCAAACAUUCAACAUCAGUAGCAGAUCAGUUAGCACCAACUGAUGAGCCUAGAAAGUCUUCAGAUAAGUGCAACAUGUCGAAACCUUUAUCUAGCAUUGAUUGUGCAGUUCCCAGUACUUCUACUAUUGCCCAACCAUUAUCACAUUUAACACAGAAGAAGAGUAAAUCAUCCAAAUCUUUAUUGGUUUCUUCAACUUCCAAGGCAUGUCCCACUAACAGUUCUUUCAAGUCAAAUCUGGUCAAGGAUGAAUCAUCAUCUUCAUCUGAAGUCACACAGAAAAAAAACACAGUAAAUUGCUUGGCUGCCUCCACAACAACUGAUACAACUUCUGCAUUGAAUGUUAAGAAAUCUUCAUCUGACAAAAGGAAAGCUGAGACAUUAACAGAGGCUAGUUCAUCAAAAAAGCGAAGAAAAAAUACAUCAGACGGACCUAAUGAAUUGUUACUUCCUCCUGAAUCUCUAGAAAGCAGUUCUACACAAACUCAAGCCUUCAAAUCCAAAGGAGAAGCAAGCUCCAUCAAGGUUGAAACUCGUCCAGUCACAACAGUAGGACCAAUGUUGUCGGUUGUCAUAGCUUGCAAUACCAACGCUCCGACUCCAAGCUCAGUAAGUCAGCCGAAGCUCUUUUCCUUAUUGAACAAUAGCUUGUCUUGUAAAACCUCAACAGUAACAAUAAGUACAGAGACACCACCACAUACUACAUGUACAGUAACUCCAGCAUCCACACUGGGACCAGCUGUGACCACCACAGUACAUUCUCAGAUUGUCUCCACACCAGCUUCUACACUGUCAACAUCGACAGCAACACUGACUCCAACUACAACCAGCUCAUCAUCAUUGCUAUUCACAUCCGUCCCUUCACACUGUUCAUCCUUGUUAACAACAUCAGUCUCUGCAAUGCCUACCUCGUCAACAGUAUCUCCACAGACACCAUCCCCUUUAGUUGCAUACCCCACACAUAGAGUUCAUCAGAAAAUCAGAAAAGUCAAUGCAGAUACAGAGAAUCAGUCAAAGACUAAAAGCGGCUCAUUAGGCAAACGACCAGCUAACACACCAAUACCAAUAGCUCCAGCACCUGCCAAAGUACAGAACUACUGUCCACCUUCAGCGGAUCUAUCCAGAUUGAUUCCCCUAGACCCUGGCUUGUACAACUCAGUACGACAGAGCUCUCACCUAGCCAAACAAACUCCAGUUUGUUCUGGUUCUAGUCUUGUCUAUGGCAAGGGGAAAUCUUCCAAAAGUGUCAGCAACAAAAACCUGACACCAACAACAACGACAACUUUGAAAUUUUCAGUGACAUCACUUUUGAGUUCCACUCCAGUAAAGUCUAACAGUCUAGUGUCGGUGGCCCAGGAUAACAAGCACACUAUCAGUACUAUAAUCAAUACAGGUGCUAAUGAUCAGAAAACACCCGCCAAUCUACUUGUGCAAGCAUUAUCAAAAUCUAAAAAUGUUUGUAGAGUUGAGCAGUUUUCCAGUCAGAUGUUACCAAAAUCAUGUCAAUCUGUUCAUUCCCUCCAGUACACCACAACAUAUGAUUCAACAUCAAUAGUUUCUUCCACUUCAGUCUCUUCUCCAACACCUGCAUCGUCAGCUUCACCUACACCUGCAGCAGUGCCUCCUCAACAGUCUCAGACUCAAGGCUCAGAUGCACUCACAAAGUCUCAGACUUCUCACAUAGCAUUGAAGUCUGAAAUUCAUGGCUCAGACAUCACAGCCAUAAAAUCUCAGAUUCAAGGUUCUGACACAGCCAUUAGGCCUCAGACUCAAGAUCCCAACACAAUGAUAAAAUCUGAGACUGUAAGCUCAGACACAGAUAUAAAGCCUCCAACUCAAGAAUCAAAUACAAACUUGAUCACGACUUUUAAACAAGAACCUGGAACAUCUUUUGUCGAUCAAAAAGUUAGCCAUCCAGCAAGUGUUGAGAAAUCCAAGGCAUGUAGUAAAUCAAUUCCCAACUUGAAAGCUGCUUCAGUCUCUACUUCCCUUUCAGAAAAGAGUAAUGCAACUAAAUCAGAACCUGAAGCCCAGAAAGUAACUGUGUCCAAAGAUGAGCCUAUCACAGCUGCAUGUCAAAGGACUGUUCCAUCUCCUACUAAUGUUCAGCCAUCCCCUUUACCUUCAGUCCCGAAGUCCUCCUCCCCUGAAUACAAUGUUUCUCCACAAGUUUCAACACUUAGUCCAACAGGCUCUAACAAUCUCCCUUGCCCUUCUAGGAAACAAUCAUCUACGCAGAAGAAAAAAAUUGCUGAUAUAGCCAACACAUUGCUCCAAAACCAGAACUCCAAAAGUCCUCACCAGCCAAAUCUGAGCAGAAAAAGUGUCCAGAACCAGCCUGUGAAACAUGUGAGCUUACCUCUACUGAACAACGAGUUUUAUUUGGGGAUGAUGAAUGGACAACACAAUGGGAACAGAAUGGGCAGUUGUCCUGAGAGUGAUGAACCUUUAAAUUUAGUGAAAAGAAAAGAAGUGUCCUGUUUGCCUAAUGGCAUGUACAUUUUGGAUGUUCCCAAUAAUAGUCAAGGGCACAAGAAACUUUAGACACACACACACACAUCAGCUUGUUAGGCUGUUUGUUUGUAGGUUUCAAUUAUUGGAAGUCCAUUUUCUUUGUGCCCACAAACAUCUUCAACCAUUUUUGGUUUACAACUGACCAAAGAUAGUUAUAGAAAUUUGGCCAUCUCUGACCAUUUUUUUUUUUUUUUUGUAAUCUUGACUCGGCUAAAAAUUAAGUCUUUCAUUACGUGACAUCUCUACAUCCUGUGUGUGUAUAGCAGAGCCAGUCACCACUAGACCCAAGUGGCAGAAAUUCAGGUGCAGCACAGCAUUGAGAGAGAACUUUGUGCAGUGGCAAGACAUGGAUCAAAUAAAGUUAGAAGACUUUUAGAAUGCCAUUUCUAAUAGAUUGGGACAAAUUUUUUUACUAAUAAUAAUAUGCCACAUUAUUCUAGAAGGUUUAUUGAAACCUCUUGCUUUAGAGACGGUUCUUCUAGUGCAUUGUUGUGUUAGUAUUUUUGUUGUUGACAAUUUUCUUCUGUGAAGUAGCAACUUCUCCUCAACACUAUAAGUUUAUUGUGAGAACAAAUAUUCUAUGAACCGGUACAAUCAAAAACUGUUUGAAUCAUUUGAUUGGUUCAAUUAUUUGAAUGACUUGGUAACAGCUCAUCAAUGAGUGUAUGCAAUCCUGUUUUGUUUUCACUAGUACUUACUUUGUCAUCGUAUUUACAGCUUUGACUGUCUAAGAGAUAGAUUGGUAAAGUUUUAAAUGUCCACAAGUUUGAGGUCUGAUUGAAACAAACUAGUGAUUGGCUUCUCACAAAAUGUGUAUUGUUUUGAAAUUUUGUUUUCUCAGUUUAUAUCAACUUGAGACUAGGCUGUGGCUUGGGUCAUGUGAUCAUUACUAGUUUGUUUCUAGAUUUUUUUUUACAAACUACUUUAUUUGUCCUACAUUUCUGUUUGAAUAAAUCAGUAGGGCGGACUUUUUUUUUUUAAUCCAUAACAUGAAAACAGUUGUAUUACUUUUUUUGUGUACUACAAAAGUCCACAAUGAAACACUCGAGCCAUGGUAUUAGACAGAUUGAAGUAAGUCUACAAGUUGUUAGCCACGUCUUACAAACAACUGAUUGUACAUCUCUAGCAACUAAAUAUCACCAUGUUUGUUAUGUCCACUUUGAAUAGUUCACUUGACAUGGUUUUCCAAAGCAUCGCCCAUUCAAAGUAUUGCCGUCUUCGGCCUAAAUGUCCUAAUACCCAACAUAUUUAUUGUAUAGCUUUUUGGGGGCAUGUAGGUAAAUUAAAAAGUUUUCCAAAGUUAAGCACUUUGUGUAUGUGUGCCUUUCAAGCACGUUUGAGAAUCACCCUGGAUCUGGAUGUUUCUUUUGAAUGGUGUGUGUGUGUGUAGGGUACAGAAAGUAUUAAAACUGGCAUGAGAAACUGUUCAAAAGAUUGAAAACCUGAAUUAUAAUUGGUUUCUGUUGUUACAUUUCUGAUUAUUUUUUAUUUUUGUUGUUGUUUUGCAUAAUAAGAAGAGAGACUAAUAGUAAUGUUUUGUCUUACAUUCUAUCAGUUUAGAACAGGACUCCAAAAACUUCAGUCCUAACUGGGAGUCUGUUGUUUAUAAUCUAUUAGUGUUUGCAUCUCCAAUGACAUCAUCUACAGUAGAACUUUUCUUUCUCUAGCUAUAUAACUAAUGUACUUUUCUUCUUAACUUAAACACUAUACUUGACUAUUUGAUUCCUAUCGGCAUUGUGUACAUAAUUAACUUGUCUUUUUAAUGAAUGAUUCAAUUAAACAACUUCAUAUUGGUGUUA